AGCUUUCAGUGUGGUUCUGCCUGAAGAGCGGGGCAGAGAGGAGAGGCGUUCCGGACCGGACCUGCAUCAUGGAGCGCAAACUCAGAACAACACAAAGGAUUUACAUGUGCAGUGACGAUGAGGCUGCACGCGCCGUGCAACAGGAUGAUACUUCAGUGUGUGUACAUGUGCGCGAGGAUUAAAAAACAUAUUUUUUCAUAAUUAAAAAAAAAACAUGAAAAUGUUUCUUGGAGCAAGCCACGCAUCUGUCUGUGAGGAUGCGGUAUUCGUUGUAGACGCGCGUGCUGGAGGAUGCACGUUUGCAUAACUAAACCCGUUUAGGAUGCUCGAGCUGAGGAAGAGGAUUUAAGAGCGAGUUUUCACCGCGGACGCGGUCAUGGGUGUGCUGCUGCUCUGCCUCCUUUUGCAUGCGGGACUGGCGCGCGCCACGCACGACGGCUAUGUGGAGUGGUCGGACGGCGGCGACGACGACGACGACGACGCCGCUGCUGCCACCGCCGAAAUCGGCGGCGCGAGGCAACACCGCGUCCGAGGCACGGAGCGCGCGGCUUCGGCCGGGGCCGGGGCGGAGGAGCUGCCGCGCGUGGUGGCCGCCUUCCUCCACACGGGCGACGCGAACGCGCUAGCGCACGUGAACUGCUCGCGCCGUUACGAGCUCAGCAGCCUCGGUUCCGCUCCGCCGGCGCCAUCCGUCACUUCCUCACAUUCCGUUCGCGCAGCGCUGGACGCCGUGUCUCGCGCCACCGACUUCCUAAACGCGCUGGCGCGAGAGACGAGGCAAGAUGAGCAGCAGCAGAAGGUGUGGUAUCGUGCGCUGGUUCGGAGUAUGUUGGACCGUGAGCCCAAGAUCCACCGCGCCACGAUCGCACUCCACACUGAGCAGCUCCACCUCCAGGCCACGAGGAUGGAGGGACACGUGGAGCUGCAAGACCUUUCAGGUGAGGAGUCCGAGUCAAACCGCCAGGUCCGGCAGAGAACCCGGAUGAUAACGCAGGCUCGAGCCUCCCAAAGCACACAGGGUCACGUGCAGUGGUCUGCGCCUUACCUGGAGUGCGAGCAGGGGCGUUUCAUCCCGCACUGGCUUCUAACGCUGUCGGUGAAAGUGUUCGGGCUGAACUCGGACCCAGAGCCAGAGAUCAGGGGUGUGGUUAAGGUUGAUGUCAGUCUGCAGGAUGUGGACAUUGAUCAGUGCUCCAGCUCGGGCUGGUUCUCUGGGACUCACCGCUGCAAUCUGACCAGCAUGGAGUGUAAAGCAAUUCCCGGCCACGGUUUCGUGUUGGACAAGUACAAGUGCCAGUGCAGGAGGGGGUUUUACCAACACAGCCAAGUGGCCCUCAACGGUGUCUCCAAACCGGAGCGGGACGGUUCCGUAGGGGCAGAACCCUCGGACGUCUCGGCUCGCUGUCUGCCGUGUCAGGACGGCUGCGUCUUCUGUCGGGACGAUACGCCGUGUCUGGCACAGGAGGAUGGCGUCCUGCGUCUCGCCGUCGUCUCCUUCCAGAGCCUGUGUGUGCUGCUGGACUGCGUCUGCAUGACCGCCGUGUACCGCUUCCGCCGCAACAAGAGAAUCAAAUCAUCCGGUUUCAUUCUUCUGGAGGCCAUCCUGUCAGGUGCCAUGCUCCUCUACCUUCCAGUAAUGAUACUUUACUUUCAACCCAACGUGCUGCACUGCAUUCUGCUGAGAUGGGUUCGCCUCCUGGGUUUCGCUACAGUGUAUGGAACGGUGAUCCUCAAGCUCUUCCGGGUGUUGAAGGUGUUCCUGUCGCGUACGGCCCAGCGGAUCCCCUACAUGACCAGCUGCCGUGUCCUGCGUCUGCUGGGUGCCAUUUUGCUGGUUGUAGUCUGGUUCCUGGUGGCCUGGACCUCGGCCGUGUGUCAGAGCCGCGACGCCCAUCACGGCCUGGUGGAAGAGGGUGUGACGCUCGAGGGUCUGCAGUUCAGCAUGUGCAAGCUUGACCGCUGGGACUACAUGAUGGGUGUUGCCGAGCUUCUCUUUCUGCUCUGGGGGGUCUACCUGUGCUUCGCCGUGCGCACCGUCCCCUCCGCCUUUCACGAGCCACGCUACAUGGCAGUUGCCAUCUAUAACGAACUCCUCAUCUCGGUCAUAUUUCACAUCAUCAGGUUCACCCUGGCUCCUGGACUCCACCCAGAUUGGAUGCUGAUGUUAUGUUUUAUUCAUACGCACCUGACGGUGACGGUGACUCUGGCAUUGCUGCUCGUCCCGAAGUUUGUGUUCGCUGGUACACACAGGCAGGACGACAUCGCCACCGAGGCCUACGAGGACGAGCUGGAUAUGGGCCGAUCCGGCUCCUACUUGAACAGCAGCAUAACUUCCGCCUGGAGCGAGCACAGUUUGGAUCCUGAAGACAUAAGGGAGGAGCUAAAGAAGCUCUAUGGCCAACUAGAGAUCUAUAAGCAAAAAAAGAUGAUGGCGAAUAACCCUCAUCUCCAGAAAAAACGCAACUCCAAAAAAGGCAUCGGACGUUCGUUUAUGCGGCGCAUUACAGAAAUACCCGAGACGGUGAGCCGCCAGUACAGUCGGGAAGACAGGGAUGGAAGUGAACACGGCAGCAAUCGCAGUACCCUACGUAGAAACCCAUUUGAAUCGUCCCAUGGUGGAAAAUCCAGAGAGGACUCUCUAAAGAAUAAAGUGUUCUCCUUGAAAAGAUCCCACAGCUAUGACCACACGCAUGACCAGACUGGGAAUGCGAAUGGUGUUCCAGUUGAUAAAAUGGACAACUCUACAACUGAGCUAUCUCUGCUGGACACCUUAAUGGGGAGAAGGUCCACAAAGAAAAAUCCAGAGGCACAAAAGGUGGAACCUGCCGAAUCUGCAGAGUCUGUGCCGCUGGUGUGCAAGUCCAUCAGUGCACACAAUCUUGCAGCAGACAAGAAGCCUAUGCAUCUCCGUUCCUCAAUGAUACAGAAGUCUCUGAGCGUCAUAGCCAGUGCCAGAGAGAGAACCCUGGGACUUGCAGGGAAGACCCAUAGUGUCGAGGACGCAAGCAAGAAAGGCCUCAAGGCCAAAGACAUAAGGAUGCUUUCAGAAGUCGAAGAAUCUCCUGAAUGCUUCCCGAAGAUGAUCAUCAGCCAAUCAGUAGAGUACAAUAAGACCCCAAGUAAAAUGGGCAUCAUGAAGCAACAAGUGAGUGGAAGUCAACCUUCAAUUUGCUCUGAACCAGGGAGAAGCAAGGAUCUUUAUGACGUUUCUGAGGUUUGCCCCUGGGAAAUGGAAGAUUUGCCCACUCUGUCGGAUGGGAAAGCUCAAAAGCAUGUUUCCAUUGCCCCAAGUGAAACUACCACCAUUCACGAGAGUAUCUCUAAAAGCGGAAAGUCUCAUCAUAAACAACGGAUGGUGGUCCCAUCUCCAUCGAAUCGCCGUCGUUCCAAAGAUAAGGGUGGGAACAGAGAGGAAGGGGGUGACAAAAGUGAUGGGAAGAAACCCAAAACACCGCUUAACCUGUCUGCCUCCAAACCAGAGGUCUGCCCAUGGGAAUUCGAGGAUCCAUCUGUCAAAGGAGUCGAGACCCUCGACAGGACUAGCCGCAAGAAAAGCGUCACUCCGACAGAUGGAAAGCCCAAGAUUAUCCUUUCAGACAUUUCCAAAUCCACUGGAAGCCUUCUGCAGCCUCCAGCCCUCAUGGUAGACAUUUGUCCAUGGGACUAUGACCAACCACCAUCUCCAAACAAGGACAAGACCUCAAGCCCCACACAUCAUUCGAAGAGAAGGGACUCAAACCCGAAAAGGAAAGGUUCUUGCUCAUCAAAGGGGAAGGGGAAGGAAAGGGAGGACGAUAGCCAAAGAUCCAAAAGCAGGGAGAGGCGAAGCUCUUCCAGUAAACCUUCUGAGAAACGGCGUGUCAGCCAGACAUCAGAGAGCGGCCAGUUUACCGUCACAUCGUCUGGUAGAAGGAGAAGCUCGACAAAAGAGGCUGGAAUCGCUGACAGUAGACGAGCUGAAAUGUGCCCUUGGGAAACAGAGAGUAUGCCAAGUGUCACCACCAGAGAUGGAGACAUCCACACAACAUCUCAAACACCCACACCAGCUGCUAGCAAACUCAAUUUGGCUGAGGUUUGUCCAUGGGAUUUUCAUGACAAAACAUUAGGGAACCAUGCAUGACACUUGAGCCAGCUCACCCAGAAUGAGACAGGGUCGAACCUCCUUUGUACACCGCUGCAAUAGAAUGGUUUUGAACCCACUUUUAACAAAAGAGUGCUUUCACAAAUGCAGUGUUUAGUAGGUUUGAACAAAAUCUUUGGUGAGAACACAUCGAGCCUCGGGUUUGAGAGUGUCAUAGCUAUACGCUCAACCAGGUUAAUCCCAGUAAGAAAGCGAUUACGCUCUAACAAAAUAAAAACUGGACGUGAUACACAGAGUGUUUCUCUAGUUUAUAUAGUAAACUAGUUCUUUGUUCUCCGUGCUUGGGUGAUACUUGUGAUAUCUAAAGGUCUGUUUACAUUUUUCCCCAACUGUAUUUCUGGGCAAAGGAGUGAAAGAGUUUUGCUAGAUGCGUCUAGUAUGUGAAACGAAACGGUGACGAAAAACGAGGUGCGAAAAAGCUCAAAAUUAGUGCUGUUUAAACGCUAGCUCUGGUGUUGGGAAGGUCUACAGAGCUGGUUUGGGAUGGAUCAUGUACUGAUUCACGAGGGAUUUAGCUUGAUUUCAAAUAAAACAAGGAACAUUUUCGCAAGUCUGUACACAACAUGUGUUUCGAUCCAGUUAAUCCAGUCAAAUAUAUAAACAUUUUAACCAAAGAAUAUUUAACACCUUGAGCAUCUCCCCAGAGUUAAUGAUACAUUAUUAGCACACUCAGAACACACAUGAGAGCACAACCUUGUUAUUUUGGGAUGGAGGGAUUGCAUGGAUGAGUGGCCUGGUUGUGUUGUUGUUGAUCUGUUGGGUUUUUUCCCCCUUUUACUCCCACCUGAAUACUGUAGUGUUGUGAUUUUUGCAUCGGUAUUCUCUGCCGUAAUAACACGUCCUCACUCGACCAGAUAUUUAUCUCUGUAUCCUAUGAAACAGUGUUCCAGUGGUUUCUGCAUGACCGUGAAUAAACACACUCCCUGUUUUUGUUUUCUUUCUCUCUCGAUGAAAAGAAGCUUCCCGGAGCAAAGCUGUUCCACUCAGCCUGCAACCGUUUCUCUUGUAGGUUUUAUAUAUAUCGUGCUCGUCCGUGAUGGCAUGUACAGAAAAUACCUCCAGCCUGCAAUAAACAUUUCAUGUUCAGAUUUUAA